CAAAUUUUACUGAUUGAAACCUGGACAACUUUUAGUAACAUAAAAAACGAAUUCGGCUUUUGGUAUAUAUUUUUUUUCAAAUUGAAUUUUGUACUUACGAUAUUGCAUUUCUUAUUGCGGAUCCGUGUCCGUGUUUAACACAUGGAUUCGUUUUUGAACAUAGAUGUAUACAAUAUCUACAAAAAUGUACAAUAUGUUGUAUAUAUCUAUGUUUUUUGAACUAAACGACAUAUAAUUUUUAUCGACACAGAUUUAGAUAAUUCAAGUUAUUUCAUAUCUAUUGUAAUUGUUAUCAUAACUUUUAUCUUUGCCGUGACGCAGUGUUAUGGACGGUGGCGAGUUUUUGAAAGUUUUGUUGGCUUCUGGUGAAAACGAAGAUAUUUCCAAAAAACUCUAUUCAUGGUUUGAAGAAAAAGGAAUCAUAAACAAGAUACGGGCGCACGUCAGAGCUCAGAUGAUAUCCACUCUGAAAGGCAAUGCUCCAUGUGGUGCAAAUAAAAAUAAUGAUUUAUCCCCUAAGCUACUAGCUAUGAGUAUGUUGGUAGCUGAAUUCCUGUUGAAUCAAGAACACCUAUGUACUCUCUCUGUGCUCAUUACAGAGGUACCCAUGUUGAGUAAUUUACGUGAGUUCAACUCUUAUGUCAACCACUUGGGUAAUAAUACACACGGUCCACCAGUUAAUAAGCCUAGGUUUCAAUUAAAUGAUGUUCAGGAUAUUUUAGAAGCAGUAGGCAUCCAGCCUAUUUCUGAUAUUGCAAAAUGUAUCUCUCAAUAUUAUUUCCAUGACAUAAGCAAUCAAAAUUUAUCAUUAUUAGCAUGUCUGUUUAAAGCUAUAACAAUUGUAAGAACAAAUGACAGUAAAUAUAAUGAAGUUCAAAAUAAUAAAAAUAAUUUGAACAAGUCUACGAAAAUUGAGAUUGAUACUUAUGAACAUAGAUUAAAUAAUUGGUUAGUAAGUAUUGAAGACAUACUUAACUCAUUCAAUUUAAAUGAAGGACAAAGAAAUACUUUGAAAAAAUUGUUAAAAAAUUAUCAUCAAAAUAACAAUGCUCAAGAAGUUGCUGUCUAUAAAGAACGUUUGAAAAAACUUGGAAUGGAGAUAAAAAAAAUGACUGAUAGAGUUGUCGAAGUAGAACAAUUGGCUAAACAUUUUCAUUCUCAAAAUACUGGUUUGUUAGUUCAAAAAGAACAGAUGGAAUGUGUCACAAAGCAAUUACAUUUAGAAACACAGCAAUUAUAUAAAUUAAUCAAUGAAUUUGAAGAAAAAGAAAAAUCUGUGCAAAACCAACUAAAAGAUGUUGAAAACCAAAGGCAUGAAUUACAGUUAAAAGAAAUAGAAAUUUUAAAGAAUGAAAGAUUAUUAAAAGAAAAAUCAAUAAAAAAUAUUGAUGAAACAAACAUUAUCGAUUCUAAUCAAGUAAAAAUGCUACAAGAACAAAACAUCAAUUUGACAAAACAAGUACAGAAUAUACAAUUAAAACUUGAUGAACUCAAAGAGUUUAAAAAAAACGAACAGUCAAGCCCUAAAAUAAUGGAUUAUAGUCUUCAAAGAAUUGAGUCUUCAUUAGAUAAAGAAAUGGUGCGGAAAUUACAAAGAGAAAAUGACGAGCUGCGUGAAUUCAUUAUAGUUCAACGAAAGAGAAUUGAAGAACUAUCACAUAGAGCAUCAAAUUUGGGAAAACUAAUCGAAAAAACUCAUCAAAUACCAUCCACUACAACAGACUAUCAACACAAAAGUGUAAAAAAAAAACUUCAGUUCGUUGAAGAUUUUGGUAAAAAAAAUCAUCAUGCUUACAAAAACAUUUCAUCGACUACUACAGAUUAUUCAACAACUCUACCAGAAUCUGAUAAUCAAACUGAAGAUGAUAUAGUUCAAGGCGCACUUUCAAAGUGGAAAACAUUGGCCGUGAAAACAGCCAAAGUGAAACAAAAUUUGAUAAACUAUCAAACAAAUAGUAUGCGUGACGACAGUGAUAACAAAAUAAUUAGAGUCAAUAGACAAUCGUAUAAUAUUCGUUCAACCUUGUCAGACGAUUCUGAUUCCAGUUUUUUUAAAAAUAGUGGUGAGAAAAUCAAUUUAAAAGACCUUGCCAACAAGAUUGGUUAUCAUCGAUCAAUUAGACGAUCUAAGAAUGAUACAAGUCUUGACAUGUUGCAGAAUACUAGAUCUCGGAACUAUACAUAUAUUUCACCAAUAAAAUCAUCUUCAACCAAUACAAAUAAUGUGUUCAAGGUAUCGCCUAUAAACAGAACAAUUUCAAGAAUCGAGUCACCAGUCAGCAGAAUAAACUAUCAAAAUGAAUUUUCUACUGAUACAUUUAAUGUACCCAAUCAAUCAAUAAUGGAAUCAACUGUUAUAAAUAGGCCCCUUUCAGAUAGUAAUUCACCAGGGACUAGCAGUUCAAAUAAUUUUAUGAAAAAUAAAACGCCAGACAAUAUUGAAGUGAACAAUUACAAAUCUUCGCCAAAUAAAUUAGUUGGUGAAAGAUACAAAGAUAAUAAUAAUUUACAAUCUUUGAACGGUACAGAUUUACCAAAAGAAAGUCAAGAAAAAGGAACAGAAAUAACUUCACGACAAAAUAGUUUAAAUCAUAAUGCUGUUGAUACUAAUUUCACGAGUAAAAACGAACAGGAAAGUGAUCACACAAUUUCAUUUGGUAGCAAUAAAACUGAUAAAUCUUCAGAUUUUUGGGCGUAAUAGGCAGUAUUUAAUUUUUUUUAUGUAAUGAUCAAGUGAAUUAUUUAAGUACCUUGUUGUAUAUGCUUAAUAUUUUAUUAAGAGUUUUGAUAAAUAAAUUGUAUUUUAGUAUUUUAAA